AUGGAUGCCACGCAACCACAGCCCGCCGCGCCGGGCGCUCUUAGCUGGCGCCUCAGCGCGCAUCCCAUUACGCUCCUCACUUUCCUCGGCUUCAGAAUAUACCAGCAACCAAACGAAGCGCAAUGGCUAACUUGGAUCUCAGCAAGUGUCCUUAUCUACUUUCUCGGCCUGUGGAUCAUACAAAGCAUGAUCAUGAUUUUCAUCAUUACCAUUCUUCUCCUCGCCGCCGACUUUUACUACAUCAAGAACAUUGCUGGUCGUCGUCUCGUUGGUCUGCGUUGGUGGAACGAGGUUGAUGCCCAGUCGGGCGAGUCGCAGUGGGUGUUUGAGAGCAGUGAGCCUGGAACCAAGACCAUCAACCCUACCGACAGCCGCUUCUUCUGGCUCGCUCUGUAUAUCCAGCCUAUGCUGUGGGUUCUUAUGGCUAUUCUUGCUCUCGUGCGACUACAGUUCCUAUGGCUGCCUCUCGUUGUCAUCGCCCUUGUUCUUACAAUCAUGAACACCCUGGCCUUCUCUCGGUGCGACAAGUUCAGCAACGCCUCCAGCAUUGCUGGAAGCGCCUUUGGCACAGGUAACCUGGCUGGUAACAUUGCAAGCAACAUGGUUAGCAACUGGUUCUCUCGCAAUUGA